GUAACAGAAAUACAACAAGUUGUCAGCUCGGACAGCAGUACAGAGGGAGGCAGGUGAAACAGAGAAUGGUGUUUGGUUCUCUGCUUAAGGGAUACUGUUACUGGUCCUGUUUCGAUGAUGAGCAGCAUGGCCAGCGUGGGGAGGCCCAAAGCAAUGUCUCAUGGUGUCAUUGGGAAGGAGAAGGAGAGGACAUGGUUUUGUAGCAAUGACAGGCUGAAAACAGUGUCCCCUUGCAUCAAAGGAAAACCCAGAGCUGUGUCUCCAGGCAUGAUAGGGGAGCAGAGGGCAGUGCCUCCUUGGAGGCCAGAGUCGAUGUCUCCAGGUGUGGUAGGGAGAGAUAGGGCAUGGUCUCUUGGUGUGCUCCAGAACACCAGCAGCGUGACCCCAUGCCAGACCACUACUAAGACUAUCCGAGUGACGGACAUCUUGGACUCCAAACCAGAGCCAACCAAGGCCCCUGUCAAGAUCCGGCCCCCUAGCCCACGUCCCCCGCCCCCCAAGGAGCCCAUUUUCAGUUGCAACCUGUCCAGUGACCCUCCCGUCCAGCCCAUCAUAAGACGCAGGGCCCAGUCUUUGCCCUCGGUCCACGAGAGAAACAGAGACCGCCAGGUACGCUUCGUGGACUCCUUGGGGCUGAAGCUGGAGGAAGUCAAGGUGUUCAGCAAAGGAGAGGAGCCUUGGAUUCCCCCCCACGUCUUCUCCAGACUUCUCAUGAGCGCUGAGAUGAACUCAGGGCGGUCCCUGGAGCUCUCCUUGCCUUACUUCAAACCCUGCUUUCCUGAAAACACAGGCUCCCAGCCGGGGUUCGUUAAGCGCCUGGUGGAGCAGAUGGUCUCUCUGGACCAGGUCCUGUGUUCUGAGCUGGGCAUCAUCGGCAAGGUGCAGGUCCUAAACCUGGCCUUCAACAAGGAGGUGACGAUCCACUACUCCUUCACUAACUGGAGGAGCAGUGCUGAGACCAGAGCCUGCUGGGUGGCUACCCUCCACCGGGAUCAGAUGGAGGGACCAGAGUCUGAUGUAUUCAGGUUCCGCCUGCCUGUCCCGCCCUUCAUCCUGCUGCCUGGAGCCCAGCUGGAGUUCGCUGUGUGUUACAGAGUGAUGGGAGCUGCGUACUGGGACAACAACGAUGGGAACAACUACAAACUGUCCUGUCACAGCUACACACUCUCUGUGCCCCGGGAGUGUGAGGACAGCAUCGUGCACUACACCUGACUGGCCACUAGGGGGCAACCAGUGCUGUAGAGCGAUAGAGCUCUAUUUCAUAGAGGUUAAUGGGGAGGAAGACAACACAGCUGCGCCAAAUGGUCUGAUUGUACACAGAUCUGCCUGUAGGAAUAGAAUAUAAAAUGAAACAAGCCAUUCUCCUUAUUAAAAAAUAAAUAAAGGUAUUUAAAGACAUUGGUGAAUAGAGAAAUAGAGUAAAAGUAAUUGAAGGGAAAGCUGAUACAGACAUACCCAAGACGACUCAAAGCUGAUACAGACAUAAUCACCAACAUAUUACAAAUUAUAAACUGCGUGGUUUGAGCCCUGGAUGCUGAUUGGCUGACAGCCGUGGUAUAUCAGACCGUAUACCAUGGGUAUGACAAAACAGACAUUUUUACUUUUUUAAUGACGUUGGUAACCAGUUUAUAACAGCGACAAGGCACCUCAGUGGGUUUGUGAGAUAUGGCCGAUGUACCACGGCUAGGAAGUGUCUCUUAUUCGUGCUAUAUUGGCCAUAUACCACACUCCUUCAUGCCUUAUCACUUAAGUAUUCUACAAUGUAUUGACUCAGGGGUAUGAAUACUUAUGCAAAUUAGCUAUUUCUGUAUAUCCAUUUUUUUUUUAUAAAUUUCCCACAAUUUCUAAAAACAUUUUUCACUUUGUCAUUAUGAGGUAUUGUGUGGUAGAUAAGGGUGAGAGAAAAAAAUAUAUUGAAUCCAUUUUGAAUUCAGGCUGUAACACAACAAAAUGUGGAUUAAGUCAUGGGGUAUGAAUACUUUCUGAAGGCACUAUGUAGUGCUUAUGAAUCUUAAUGUAAGCUAUAAGAAGCCUUUAUGCAUGCUAUAUGAAGGCUUCAUAAGGUGUACUUCCAGUUUUUCAUUUCACACUUUUUUAUAGUAGAUUUAAUGUCAUUGCACUCGCUACAGCCGAUAGGAUUUGGGUGUCCAUAUUUAUUAAACAUUUAUAUAUUCUGUUUAGAUUCAGUUUGAUAUAUUCUGAUUAUAUUACAUUAUACCAUGACAUUGUUGAAUACUGCUUUCUGAUUGGCUUGAAGGGCAUUCAUUAUUUCCCUAUAACGCACUGUAUAUUUGAAUGGUAGAAUUCAAUGGCUUUAGUUAAUUCUUACAUGUUAUGUGUUUCAGUUGCUUUUGAAAGUUGAAUUGGAAAACAUUGUCAUUGUUGAAUUAGAUUUUCACAAUGGCAAGCUAGUGACUUAUAGUUUGUUUAGCUAAACUUGCAAGUCCUUUUGUACGGUUACCAAAUAUUCAGUAAUUUCUAGCAACAAAUGUGUUAAAUUAUAGCCAUGGUAUGAAAGAAAUAAUCAA